GUCAUUGUCUCCGCUAACAGUCUUCCGCCUUUAUGGCAAACCCACUUGCUGGCCCAUCUACACUCAAAGACAUUGUCAAUCCACAGUUUCACCAGAAUAAUUUCCCUCAGGAGAACUACGUUAAAAUAGAACUUGGACUCAAACUCGACAAAGAUGACCAAAUAUGCAGACUAUCGCUUACCUCCACUGGUUGCCCCCUGGGUCCUCUUCAUUGUCCGCUGAGACACACUACGCCAUCUUCCCAGAACUUUCAGCCUCCUAAACAGCUUCCAACACAUCCUCGCGAUAGGGAGCGUCUCGCCACCGUCUGUAAGCAUUGGCUUCGCGGCCUUUGUAAGAAAGGAGAUGCAUGCGAGUUCUUGCACGAAUACAACCUUAGGCGUAUGCCUGAAUGUUGGUGGUACGCCAAGUACGGAUAUUGCUCUGCUGGCGACGAGUGCCUGUAUGCGCAUCCUAAGGAGCGGCGGGCGGAGUGUCCUGAUUAUAGACGGGGCUUUUGCAAGCUCGGACCUAUGUGUCCUCGCAAACAUGUCAGAAGGGUGGCCUGCCAAGCAUAUCUUACGGGGCUUUGCCCAUUAGGACCGGAAUGUCCUCGUGGCCAUCCCAAACCUGGCCUUCCCACUCCCAAAGAGUACGAGCCCCCAGAACCUCCUUCAACCCGUGACCUGGGACCGCCGCCCCCAGGUUAUGGCAGAUAUGCAGACUUUGACCGUAGUGCCGGAGGAGCUGGGGCUAUGUCUGGAACUGGAUUCACCGGGCCUCCCAGGAGGAACCUCGACGAAGUACUGUGCUUCAAGUGUGGUGAAAAGGGUCACUAUGCAAACCAUUGCAGGAAUCGUAAUGUCCCUGGUAACAGAGGUGGCGUAGACCGCGCAACUGUCAGGAGGUUUGGGGGGUCUGAUGAAGAUUGAAUGUCCAUAAACUCCAGUUACAAGCCUGUUUAGCUUCACCUUUUACAUGAUGAAGGACGCAUUACAUAUGGUGUAGUUUUUAUGGAGGACGUCAUGUACGUGUUCAACGGCC